CAAAGCUCUUACUACAUCUGCAUCCAGAUUUCCAUUGAGUGGCUACUGUGCUCCCCUCCCCCUUCGCAAACUCCAUUAAUCUCUCCUCAAAAUUCUCUCUUUCUUCACACCACCGCCACCAUGUCGACCUCAGGCAUCGGCGGCGGCCUCUUCUCAAGCUUUCAUGGAAGCCGGACUUCACCGUUCUAUGGCGAGGACAGAGCCGCUCUCAGCAAAGCAGUCUCCUUUCCCCUUCGAAGCUCCAAGCCUUUGCGACCUUCCCCAAUCAUGAAGAACGUCAAUGAAGGCAAAGGUAUUUUCGCUCCGGUGGUGGUUUUCACCAGGAACAUCAUUGGGAAGAAGAGAUUCAAUCAGCUCAGAGGAAAGGCCAUAGCUCUUCAUUCUCAGGUGAUUACUGAGUUUUGCAAGACCAUUGGAGCCGAUGGAAAGCAAAGGCAGGGGUUGAUCAGGCUGGCCAAGAAGAAUGGAGAGAAGCUUGGUUUUCUAGCUUAAGAAGGAUGGAAAAAAAUUGUUUUUUUUAUUAUUAUUAUUUAAAGAGUUCUUCCCCUCUAUUUCCACUCCUUUCAAUUUGAACUGAUGUAAUGUAAAUUUCUAAUAUGGAAGCUACAGUAACAGAUCUCUGCAAGCUCAUUGUUUGACUCUGAACAGAGUGAAAUAUGCUAUGAUUUUGAGGGAAUUUAGAUUUUUU